AUGGCGUUGCCAUUGCCGUCGCCGUCUUCUUCUAGGCACCAUCCCCGGCCGCUGGUGGCAGCGUUGCUGCUGCUGCUAAUGGCAAUGGCGGCUCGGCCGGGAGUGGGGUCGUUGCUGUACGACCAGGUCGAGAUCACCUGGGGCGGCGACAGCAGCUUCUUCUACAUGGAGCGCGAGGGCGUCGACGUCCUCGCGCUCUGCCUCGAGAAGACCAACGGCGGCUCCGGGUUCGCCUCCAAGGACACCUACCUCUACGGCCGCUUCGACAUCGACAUCAUGCUCGUCGCCAACAACUCCGCCGGCACGGUCGCCACCUUCUACCUGAUGCCGGACGGCGAGGUGCCGUGGGCGUACCACGACGAGAUCGACCUGGAGUUCCUCGGCAACGCCACCGGCGAGCCGUACACGCUCCACACCAACAUCUUCGCCAACGGCGCCGGCGGCCGCGAGCAGCAGUUCCGGCUCUGGUUCGACCCCACCACCGACUUCCACACCUACUCCAUCGAGUGGAACCCCAAGCACAUCAUAAUCCUAGUGGACGGCACGCCGGUCCGCGCGUUCGAGAACCACGCGGCCCGCGGCGUGCCGUUCCCGACGUGGCAGCGCAUGCGGCUGCAGGGCACGCUGUGGGACGCCGACGAGUGGGCGACGCAGGGCGGCCGCGUCAAGACGGACUGGACGCAGGCGCCCUUCUACGCCUACUACCGCAACCUCCGGGUGACGCCGUGCGCGCCGUCCCCCGGCGUGGCGUGGUGCGGCGACGAGCCGCCGGAGUCGGCGUGGUUCGAGCAGCGGCUGGACAAGGCGGCGCUCAAGGAGGCGCAGGAGAAGCACAUGAUCUAUGACUACUGCGUGGAUGAGAAGCGGUUCAAGGACAAGGGAUUCCCCAAGGAAUGCAACGCUGACUAA